AUGCUAACCCAGCAGCUAAUUACAUCUGCUGAGAACAGGCUGGGAACAUCAACACCUGAAAAACUUUCUGUUGAUGUGAAAUAUCCUCCAAAGCUUCCCUCUGUGUCAGUGAGUCCCUCUGCUGAGAUAGUGGAGGGCAGUUCAGUCACUCUGACCUGUAGCACUGAUGCUAACCCAGCAGCUAGUUACACCUGGUACAAGGAGGAUGAAGACUCACCUAAAACAUCAGGACACAACUUCACCAUCACUGACAUCACACCUGAACACAGUGGGAGUUAUUACUGUAAGGCCCAGAACAACAGAGGACAUCAUUACUCCACCUUACAGCUGACUGUAUCAAGAGCAUGGAAACCAACAGUUGUAUCAGGAGUCUCUGCUAUUCUCCUGGCUCUCCUACUCGUCUCUGUCAUCCUGUGGAUCAUAAAAAAGAGAUCCCCCAAGCAACAGCAGCCUGAGCCUGGAGAGAGACCGGACACUAGUGAACAGCUGCAAUCUGCAGAUGGUGAAGUCGUCUAUACUACAGUCUGCUUUGUCAAACACAAGGGUGAAGCGGUCUACGCCAACAUCAGACCAGCUCAGGCCAAAAAACACAAGGAAGAAGACGAGAGGGUCGUCUACUCUGCUGUCACUUUCAGGAGUGCCAGUACUGCCCCGAGAAUCCAGACCACAACUCCAGAAGAUGCAGAGGAUCCAGCUGCUCUGUACAGCACAGUCAACAGACUUUCAAGACAUGGAAAACCAUCUCUCUAGCAGACUUUUUAUCCAUGGUAAUCUUUUA